UAAAAAUUGAAUUUCCAAUUGAAAUCACAUUUGAUUCACAAGUCAUUGAUUGCAUGAAAGCAUCGAUUGGCUGAACAGUGGCUGUAAUUGUCUCGUGAUUUGUGGUGAAUUGCAUUGAAAUGACACUAAUGUCUGGCACCGAGAGUCCCAAUGAGUUCAAGUUAGACAGUGUGGCCACCGAUUGCAUCCAAUCUCUCAAAUUCGGGAACCACUCCAACCAUCUGCUGCUGUCGUCUUCGUGGGACUGUUCCGUACGACUGCACGACAUCUCAUCCAACACUCUGAGAGUCAAAUACACGCAGUCGGCGCCUGUCCUCGACUCGGCCUUCCAGGACUCGCAUCGCGUGUGGAGCGGAGGGUUUGAGCAGAACGUGAAGGUCUAUGACCUGAACGCGAGUACAGAAACCAUUGUUGGCUCACAUGUCGGGCCCAUUCGGUGCGUGGAGUCGAGCCCUGAGGUGAAUGCUGUGGUGACGGGCGGGUGGGACGCCUACGUGAAGCUGUGGGACCCGCGCGCCCCCUCAGCCAUCGGCGCCUACCAACAGCCCGACAAAGUGUAUACAAUGGCUGUCUGUGGCGACAAAGUAGUGGUGGGAACGGCUGGGCGCCGGGUCCUGGUGUGGGACCUCCGGAAUAUGGCUUAUGUUCAACAGAGACGCGAAUCGAGUCUCAAAUACCAAACCCGUUGUAUCCGAUGUUUUCCUAAUAAACAGGGAUACGUCUUGAGCUCCAUUGAGGGCAGGGUUGCCGUCGAAUAUCUCGAUCCCAGUCCCGAAGUGCAGCGCAAGAAGUAUGCGUUCAAAUGUCACCGAAAUAAAGACAAUACGAGUGGUAUUGAAGUGAUAUAUCCGGUGAAUGCGAUCAGUUUCCACAGCGGGUACAACACGUUCGCGACGGGAGGUUCGGACGGUUACGUAAACAUAUGGGACGGCUUUAAUAAGAAGCGUUUGUGUCAGUUCCACAAAUACCCGUCCAGUAUAUCCUCCCUCUGCUUCUCACCCGACGGCACAUAUCUGGCCAUCGCUUCCUCUUUCCUGUACGAGACGGAGGAGACGCGAGACAUCCCUCCCGACGCCAUAUUCAUCAGGAGAGUCACCGACCAGGAGACCAAACCCAAGUGAUCACUCCAUCCACACACCAAUCGUUACAAUCACUUCAUUUCACGCCAAUUACUAAACCUUUUUUCAAAUCAACUCUCAUUGAUAUCCCAUUCCCGCACUUUUAUACGGCAUACCGUUUACUGUUAGUGAAAGGAACUACAGUAUGAAUUGUCAUUAAUUUAGAUACAGUAGUUUGCGCUCAAAAAGAACCAGGCUCUAUUUAUUGUAAAAACUUUUUUAUUUAUGUAUGAAUUAAUUACUUAAAAGUAAAUCAAAUGUUUUCGUGGUUUUAAUGAAAA